UGAUUUCGGUGUUUGCCCACUCUUUCUCUCUCUCUCUCCUUCGACGUUCUCAAAGUCUUCUCUUUUCCCUUUUUUCUUAAUCAUUCACUCCAUACAUUUUUGGAGAAGACACAGGACGUGGUCGUGGUCGUAGUGGUAGUGGUAGUGGCAGUGGAGGUGCCAAUCUCUUGUUUUUCUCUCUCUACACUUCAGAUGGUGGUAUUCGACUUUGGUAUCAAGCAGGCGGAUUUAUUUUAUUCUUGAUCUGAUUACUCCACUGCUUGGAUUCAAAUGGAAUCUGAAUCUUGCGCCAAGUCAUGCUCGGAAAAGAAGUAUAGAAGUCACGGAGGGAAAGCACGUGAGCCUGGGAAAUUGCAAAUGUCCAAAAAUGUCGAAAAUUCUACCUCCAAGAAGGUUGCAUUGCAAGCACCCGAAGAAUCAAAAUCAAAUAAUCAUCAGCAAAGGGGAGCAGUUUGUUCUUUGACAAGGAAAAUGGAAACAAGUUUACAAUUAGGGAAUUCGGACAAAAAAGAAUCAACUUCCGACAUUAAUACCAAUCCCGAAAAAAAACCAGACUGCAGAAACGACAACAAAGAUAGUUCACCAGCUGCAAAACUUAGCGACGGCACAAGCAGCAUUGCCAAGACCAGUGGAAGCGCCAAGAUUAGCGAUCGGGCAGAAUUCGUCGAAAGUGGGAAGAGCAGUAUGUGUAGGGCUAGCACGAGCACUGACAUCAGCGACGAAAGCACUUGCAGCAGCUUGAGUAGCAGUGUGAACAAACCCCAUAAAGCGAACGAUCUCAGGUGGGAGGCAAUACAGGCUGUUCGCGCGAAAGAUGGGGCUUUAGAUCUGAGGCACUUCAGACUGCUGAAGAAGCUGGGCUGCGGCGACAUUGGAAGUGUCUAUCUGUCGGAAUUAUGCGGGACAAAGUGUUAUUUUGCUAUGAAAGUUAUGGAUAAAGCGUCUCUAGCUAGCCGUAAGAAGCUUCUGCGUGCACAGACAGAACGGGAAAUCUUGCAAUCUUUGGAUCAUCCUUUCCUUCCAACUCUAUACACUCAUUUCGAAACUGAAAAGUUCUCUUGUUUGGUUAUGGAGUUUUGUCCUGGAGGUGAUUUGCACACUCUUCGACAGAGGCAGCCGGGAAAGCAUUUCUCUGAGCAAGCUGUGAAGUUUUAUGUGGCAGAGAUACUUCUCGCCUUAGAGUAUCUGCACAUGCUCGGCAUUGUCUACCGUGACCUCAAGCCUGAAAAUGUCCUUGUGAGGGAAGAUGGGCAUAUAAUGCUGUCCGAUUUCGAUCUUUCCCUCCGAUGCACUGUAAGUCCAACUCUGAUAAAGUCUGCGUCGCUUGAGGCAGAUCCCCUGCAGAAAAACACAGUGUAUUGCGCCCAACCCGCCUGCAUUGAGCCGUCUUGUAUCCAGCCAUCGUGUAUCGGCCCGACCACAUGUUUCGGCCCUCGCUUCUUUUUGAGUAAAUCGAAGAAAGAGCGGAAACCCAAACUCAAAAAUGAAAUAGGCAACCAAGUCACCCCGUUGCCGGAGCUCAUAGCCGAGCCAACAGACGCGCGCUCGAUGUCCUUUGUCGGAACUCACGAAUACUUAGCUCCUGAAAUCAUCAAAGGCGAGGGCCACGGCAGCGCGGUGGAUUGGUGGACUUUCGGUAUUUUCCUGUACGAGUUGUUGUUCGGUAAGACGCCGUUUAAGGGAUCGGGAAACCGAGCUACACUCUUCAAUGUCGUCGGACAACCUCUGAGAUUUCCGGAGUCGCCUGUGGUCAGUUUUGCAGCCAGAGAUCUCAUCAGAGGUUUACUUGUGAAAGAACCGCAGCAUCGAUUGGCUUACAAGCGCGGCGCAACUGAAAUCAAGCAGCACCCGUUCUUCGAAGGAGUGAAUUGGGCAUUGAUUCGCUGCGCGAGCCCUCCGGAGAUUCCGAGACCAGUUGAAAUCGAGAGAUUUCCUGCGCCGCCGCCGGCUUCGACUAGCGUAAAGGCUAAUCCUGCUGCUGCGGUUCCUGGAACCCCAAACCCGGAUAAGUAUCUGGAAUUUGAUUUCUUUUAGAAGUUUUUUUCAUUCUAUGCUUUCUUAUCACCGAGUUUGGUAUAUCGACUGUUUUUCAGACAUUCAAAGGAUCACAAAGAACAGGUUCAGGGCAGGGAUUCAUGCCCUUUUAGUACUGCUUGAUUAUGUUCGAACAGCCGAAGAAAUUGUUUGUUUGUAUUGCGAAUAUUAUCUUGCUGUUGGUACUUGGUAUCGAUUCUUGUUGUUUAUUA